UCUACGCUUUCAGUUAUUAUUUGUCAUACAAUGGACGUCACCAAGGAAUCAUUUUCCGCCGGAUCCAAACCGGUAGAUAUUUUGGACGAACAAUUUGCACAGUAUUUGCAAAUAGCUAAGCACAUGCUUCCGAAGCUAAUAUCGCCAAAAGAUCGGCAAAUAUGCUCCAAGUACAUCGGACGCUGCUGUCAGCUUAGCAACACCACCCACUCGGCCAAGAGCUACCGGAAUGAUUUUUUCCGCUAUUUCCUCAAGGUGCUGGAUGCCACCGUUCGGAAUCAGCUACACUAUGUACAGUUGGACGAGAAUGCCGAACCGCAGAGGGACGAACAGAAAGAGGCGUUUCGUUGGUCCAACGAUCGGAAGACAUACGUGGCAACGAAAAUAAUCCCCAAUUAUGCAACACUGGUGUACAUGGCAGUUUGCGAUGAUCCCGAGCAAGGGUGGGAUAAUGGAGGAUUCGGCACUUACGAGUUUUGAAUGAUGCACGGUGCUUGAUGGAUUUGAUUGCGGUGUUAUGCUGCAGUUUGGUAAUGUUGUGUGUCAAAUUUUCCGUAACUAUAGAACAGAUUGUUUGAUUCAAUAUAUUUUGUAA